AUGCCUAGCUCGGACAACUGGACAGCCUCCCGGAGGUUCUACAGAGGGAGGGCCAAGGUUAGGUUAAACAAUCUAGAUGUUACUGGCGUCAGCGCCCGCACGACCAGAGAGGAACACAUCCAGGUUCUCGUGGAGAAAUUUCAGUCCGAAGGCUGCAUUGGCCUCAAUCCGGAUAACUUUAUCAAAGUUCUAGUUUGCGACAACAUUCUCCCUAACCGGGAUGAUAGCGAGAUUCAAACUCUCGACCUUCCAGAUGAUAUUAAGCUUACCGUUCUUCAUGGAAAACACCGUGUACUCGCCGCCGACAGAUUUCUCUGGGAUAAAUGGUGGAUAGCAGAUCUCUAUUCCGAAAGUCUUCCUCAGGAGUUCCAGGUUAUUAUUCGUGAAGAGCACCCAAACGCUCAGCCGUUCUGUGAUGGUGACAUCUACCAGAAUAUCCGCAUGUACCAGGAACUUGGAGAUGUGGAUGCGGAGCUCAAGUGGCGCGGAAGACUUAGCAAGUCUGCCCAACGUGAAAUGAAUCGCCUAGAAAAGGACUCUAGGCACGAAAUUAUUGAGUACCUAAAUCUCAUGUAUUCAAAGUGGAACACCAUAUUGAGUGGUUAUUCUGGUUCAUUUCUUGACCCGGACACUGUCUCCCUACUCGAGACAUCAACUACUUCCUAUGCCACCAAAACGUUCAAUGGCAGAUGA